ACAGCAAAUGAAAAUCAUUUAAACGGAUUCCUCAAGAUUGUAGCCGUAACUUGAACAAAAAGUGCCUUAAACGAAAAAUCACUAGACAAGAGAAACAUUAUUUUUUUUAAAAAUUUACGAAAAUAUUUAUUUAAAAAUCUGUGAUUUUUUUUGUAAAAAAAUUAAAAAAUACACUUUCUUUACUGCUAGAGGCGUCCGUUGCGGUUUUAUCGCUUUUUACUAACAUAUCGUACAUCACGUCGUCGCCCCAGUCGUGUAGUACUCCGCCAGCUCUUCGUGCGUGGAACAGAGUGUGGAAAUGUAUGAGUUGCCGUGUUUGAGUGUGUGUGUCUUCUACUGGUUUGUGUUGAUGAAGUGUUGAAAAGACGGAUUUCUUUUGUAAGCACAAUGAGUGCGAAUGUCGUGUAGGCAAUUGUCGACUUACAUACAUUUUACAACAAAAACAAUAACAAAAAAAGCUCUCAGAUCAGCUGGCUGACCACUACUACAGUUACAUCUUGCUCAGCUCAUCUCUGACGCUGCUGUUGUUGUUUUUGCAUGCGUAGAUGCACCUCUGCGCAUUCCAUAACAGAUUUUCAAGAGUAUUUGAACGCCAACUACCUCCCCCAAGAAAGAAACAACAAAACUGACAAAAGUUUUGCAAAAACAAAGAAAAUGCAAGGAAACUUAAAAAACACUCGUAUAUAAUAAAACAAAACGGUAGAAUCGUAAUUUGGGGAUCUACUACAUCAGACAAACAACAAACAUAUGCUUUCUGGCUUGCUGACUGACUAAAUGACGGACUGACUGGCUUGGCUGACUGUGCAUUUUGAGCAUGAGAAGGUAGUUGGCAACUUUACGCGUUCAAUGGGCGCCACCUGACAUUUCGAUAACUGCCGUCGCUUAGCAUCUUCAUUCAAUGGUCAGCGCGACAAUGGAUCGGUUGUCCUCAUAACGGAACAAAUAUACUCCAUCAUAUAAAUAAAAACAAAUCAAAAUUAAACGAAACGAACUAAAGAAAAGUUUACGUAAUUUAUAAAGAGAUAUGUAUAAUAUUUUAAAAAUAAAUAAAUAUGAAUAAUUUUAUAAAUUAAAAUAAAUGUGUUUGUAAAAUACUAAAAAUCAAACAACAAUUUAAUUUGUACUACAAUAUCCCCUUACAAUCCUUUAAAAAAAAUAAAGUCCCUUUACGGCGUCAUAAAAUGCUUUUUAGUAAUUUAACACAAAAUCCGGAUAUAACUGCAAUUAACAAUACAACACCACCAUCAGAAACAAUAACAACAACAAAUCAAACCGUGAAACAAGAAAAAGUUAAAUUGUGUAAUAAAGUCAACAAUAAUUUACAACAACCAUUAAAUACAACAACCGCUGAAAUUUUAGCCAAAAUUCCUUUACAAAACUGCUUAAAUUUAACAACGAAAUCAACAACAACAAAAACCAAAAUAAUCAAAAAUAAUAGUAAAAUUUAUAAGACAAGUUCCUGUAUCGGCGUCGCCACGGAUUUCUCAAUAGCAGCGAUAAUGGCGAGAGGCGGAAAUGCCUCUAGCCGUGAACCAUCGGAAAGGAGUUUGAGUCCCCUCUCACUCGAACGAUUUCCCGAUGGCGACGACGAGGGCGAUGUCGAUGUAGUCGAUUGUAGUGAUUCUGAAUCAGCCUCCGCCAUACGUUUGUCUCGACAUAACCCCCAGCAGCAGCAGCAUCCCCAUCACGGUCAAAAAAGUCUAUACAAACAUAGAAUUAAUCACAGUAACGAUAGUGGCAGUAGUAAUCAUAAUAACAAUAGUUCAAGUAGUAGCAGGGGGAGAGCUUCUCCACAGAGUCCCAGCAAUACUGAAGAUGAUCGUUUAUCCCCAGAGCCAGCGAAGGUAAAACGAAAACCAUCACCGAAAAUUGUGGGUUCAUGUAAUUGUGAUGAUUUACUGCCGAUACAGUGUCAUCUGGAGACCAAAGAAUUAUGGGAUAAAUUUCAUGAACUGGGCACAGAGAUGAUAAUAACGAAGACCGGAAGGCGGAUGUUUCCAACGGUGCGCGUUAGUUUUUCAGGACCUUUAAGGCAUAUGCAACCACCAGAUCGUUAUGCAGUUUUAAUUGACAUCAUACCCAUGGAUUCGAGACGUUAUCGUUAUGCAUACCAUCGCAGCUCAUGGCUGGUGGCCGGUAAGGCAGAUCCACCACCUCCAGCAAGACUUUACGCCCAUCCCGAUAGUCCCAUUAGUGUGGAUGCAUUGAGAAAACAAGUGGUUUCAUUUGAAAAGGUUAAGCUGACCAAUAAUGAAAUGGAUAAAAGUGGACAGAUUGUUUUAAACUCCAUGCAUCGCUAUCAACCACGUAUACAUUUGGUGCGCUUGUGUCAUGGUCAGAGUAUACCAAAUACCCCCAAGGAUUUGCAGGAAAUGGAUCAUAAAACUUUUGUAUUUCCAGAGACUGUUUUCACGGCUGUAACGGCAUAUCAAAAUCAAUUGAUUACCAAAUUGAAAAUCGAUUCAAAUCCGUUUGCCAAAGGUUUUCGUGAUUCAUCACGUUUGACUGAUUUUGAUAGAGAUCCCAUGGAUUCUUACCUUUUCGAACAACAUUUACGCUCACCCUUGAGAUUUUUCCCCGAUCCCUUGAUGCAACAACUAUCACCUCAAGAAGCUGAUGCUGCCUCCUUGGCUUUCAUUGAAAAGGCACGGCAACAUUUGCAAAUGUUUGGACGUUCACCCUACACCGAAAUGCUAUUACCUCAUCUUUAUCAAAGACCACCUUCGGCAGCAGCUAUAAAUGCCUUCAAUAUCGGUAUGUGGCAACAGCAGUGGCCACAACUAACAGCCGGUUUCUUGGCCAAUCAUCAGGCAGCUGCAGCUCAAGCAGCCGCCAAUGCUGCAGCAGCAGCUGCCGCGGCUUCACGGACACCACCACCUCCGGGACCCCCACCACCGGCAACAACUCCCUCUUCAUCGGGUUCAGCUUCGCCAGACUUAAGGACAAAACAUUUUCACCGCUUUAGUCCCUAUCCGGUACCACAACAUCAACAGCAGCAACAGCCACCUCCUCCUUCCCAAAGCCCUACAAAUUGAUAGAAUUCCCAAAUAAAUUUAUAAAAUACCCCUUUUAAUAAUUCCUUACCUUUCCUUGAAAUAAGUGCAAUCGUAUUAAAAAUGUUUAAUUUUAUUUUAAUAUUUUUUCUCAAAACAAAAUUUAAACAAAUUUUAUUUAUUAUAAACAAAACCCACUAGCACAGUAUUAGUAAAUAGUUAAAAACAAAAAAAUGUUUGUGAUGUAAAAAACAAAAUCAAAUAAUUUAAAACAAAAACAAUUAGUAAUUAUGUAAAUACAACAAAAAAUAUUCCGUAAUUAUAAAUUAAUCGAAACAUUCUAACUGUAAUCUGGCUUUAGUUUACAACCAAAACAAAAAAGUGUAAAAAUUGUUAAUUUGCUUUUUAUCUUUGCUUUUUCGUCUAAUUUGAAUAUUUUUUAUAUUAUUGAAUUUUUUAUUUAUAUUUGUAAUUGAAAUUGUAACUGGAAUGAAUGAAUGUAAAUUAUAGAUUGUUCCUAAUGUAAAACAAC